CGGGCCCGCCCCGCCCCGCCGCGUCCAGCCGCCCCCGCAGCCGGGCCCUGAGGAGCAGCCCCCGUCGCCGCCGGCACCAUGUCUCCGCGCCCGCCGCCCCUCUCCUGCGACACCUUCGUGGCGCUGCCGCCCGCCGCGGCAGCGGGUCGCGUCGUCUUCGGGAAGAACUCGGACCGUCCAGCGGACGAGGUGCAGGAGAUCGUCCACUUCCCGGCGGCCGCGUACGCGCCCGGCGCCGCGCUGGAGUGCACCUACAUCACGAUCGAUCAAGUGGAGCAGACCCACGCCGUGGUGCUGAGCCGGCCCUCCUGGCUCUGGGGGGCUGAGAUGGGGGCCAAUGAGCACGGCGUGUGCAUCGGGAACGAGGCAGUCUGGGGGAGAGAGGAGAUCUGCGACGAUGAAGCUCUUCUUGGCAUGGACCUCGUAAGGCUUGGACUCGAGAGAGCAGACACAGCUGAAAAGGCUCUUACUGUCAUAACUGAUUUGCUAGAAAAGUAUGGACAGGGAGGAAACUGUAUGGAGAGCCACAUGGCAUUUACAUACUAUAACAGUUUUCUGAUAGCCGACAGGAAGGAAGCAUGGGUGCUGGAGACAUCAGGAAAAUACUGGGCGGCAGAAAAAGUAGAAGGAGGUGUACGGAAUAUUUCCAACCAGCUCUCUAUCACAACCAAGAUUGACAGAGAACACCCAGAACUGAAGGCAUAUGCCAAGAGCAAGGGCUGGUGGGAUGGGGAAAAGGAAUUUGAUUUUGCUGCCACAUAUUCUUAUGUAAAUACUGCUAGGAUGACCACAUCCAGAGGCCGAUACUGUGAAGGCUAUAAACUUCUGAACAAACACAAAGGUUCUAUUACUUCUGAAAUAAUGAUGGAAAUUCUUCGUGACAAAGAGAGUGGCAUUAACAUGGAAGGUGGAUUUAUGACAACUGGUAGCAUGGUGUCUGUAUUGCCUCAGCAGCCUAAUCUGCCAUGUAUCCACUUCUUUACUGGAACACCAGAUCCUGCGAGGUCUCUAUUCAAGCCUUUCAUUUUUGUGCCCAAUAUUACUCAGUUAUUAAAAACGAGCUCCCCUACAUUUGGUCAUGAUGAUCCAGUUAAGAAGCAACCACGUUUUCAGACUAAGCCAGAUCGAAGACAUGAGCUCUAUAAAAAACAUGAAAGUGCUGCUGUAGUUAUGGAAACUGUUGAAGGCCAAGGUAAAGAGAUGCUGAAAAAAAUACAGGAGUUGGAGAAACGGAAGAUAAUUGAAAUAGAAUCAAUCCUGCAAAAUGGAUGUCUUGACAUUAACCAAGUGGUUAACCUUUUUUCACAGUGUGUAGAAGAAGAACUCAAAAUAUAUAGCUAAACUGCUAUUGGAAUGUGGUAAAGUUCAGUCUUACAAUUAACUUUUCUAUUGAAGUGGCUACAUAGAUUACAUCUUAUUUUUCAGUAUUCCAGUUAGUAUAGACAGCUCUAAAGAUGCAGAUUCAUAUUCUGGCCCAACAGUUUCUGGAUGUAUGAAGCAAAGCUGGAAAGGCCUCUAAGAGCUAGGCAGUGGCUUUGUCUGUGUGUAGCAUAAAGCUGUCAGCAGAUUGAUUUAGUCAACAACCAGAUCCAAUUAGAGUGUAAUAACUUGAGUGAAUUGUGGAAUAAUCCCCUCUCUGGAUGAAGAACACUAACUCAGAUUUGGGCAACUUAGUUCUAGCAUACACACAUGUAGCUUUUAUAGUCAAGAUAAUUGUACCAGAAUUUCACAUAGCUUGAAUUAAAAUGUCCAUGCUGCAGGACUUUCUCAAAUGUAGAACCUAUAUUACUUGCACUGAAUAAAAAGGAAAGUGAUCUGCAAGUCAAGUAAGAUUGACAUUCAGCUAUUUGACAAAACCAUUCUAAGGUAUGCUUCAUAUAUGAGCCUUCUACUUCUUCAACAUAAAAUGAGGCUAAGAGUUCAAGGCCUGUUAAAAUCAAAUUGCAGUUUGGUGAACAUGAAGCUGUUUCCAGUAAGGGGGAAAGGGCUGCAAAGAUGGCUCCUGCAAGAAUUUGCUCAAAACUCUCCCCAGUUCUGAGCCAGACCCAUGGCUGGGGCUGAGCCAAUUAGAUGCCUCCACGAUCACUUUUUAAGAAGCUGGAAGAGGAGGCUUCUUCCUGUUCCUUCUUUCUUCUGUCCCUUCUUCUUUUCUGGCUGCUGGUGGUGCAAGGAGUUGGGAGGAGAGAGAGAAGCAACCAUGCGGACUCCAAAGUCAGUGAGGGAAGAGAGGAGGAGGAGGUGUGCUGGAGCAGAGACUCCCCUGCAUCCUCCAGAGAGAACUGGUGAAGCUGAGAUUUGUUUGCAUUUCAUUAAACAUCCCACAUGGGGCAGUGACAUGCCAGAGGAGGCGUGUCCUGUGUGAGGGACCCCAUAUUCACAGAAGCUGUAAUGGUGGGGAAGAACCCAUGCCAAAGAAGCUCAUUAAAAUUAUGCCCAGGAGAGGCUGUGUCUGGGACCCUCUGUCUGCAGAAGCUGCAACUGCUGGGAAGAACCCACACCAGAGAAAGUGCAUCAAGGACUGUAUCCUGUGGGAGGGACACUGUAUUGGAGCAAGGGAAGAAUGCAAGGAGUCAUCCUCCUCUGAGAAGAAAGAAGUGUCAGAGCCCAUCUGUGAGAGACUGGCCACAUCCCCCAUUCCCUGCCCCCUCCCCGAGCCUUUGAGUGGGGAGGAGGUAGAGAUAUCAGGCGCAGUGAACUGGGCCCAGGAAGAAAGAAGGGAUGGGGGAGGGAGAUCUUAAGGUGUUGGUUGUAAUUUUCUCAUCAUCCUGCUCUCUUUUUGCUUUUUGUUCUGUUCUGUUUCUUGUAGGUAGUAGAAUAAACUUUCCUAUUUUCCUCUCUAAGUCAAGUACUGGAGUUAGUUUUGCCUGGAACUGUAUUUGGCAGCGAGCCCUCCCUGCCCUUGUCUUAAUCCACAACGUACUUGGUUAUCUUUUUUUUUUUUUUCCUCCCAUCUCUCUGGGGCCUCCACCAUCCUAAGGAGGGUGGGGGUGGAUGAGGAGCAGUAAGCAAGAGACUGUCAUGGUGCUUCAUUGCUGGCUGGGCCAAACCACGACACAGUUACAACUGUAUCAUGUGUUGUGACAUCUGAUUACAUUCAGAUUCAAAUUCCACGCUGCAACCAUCCUGCAAGUCACCACACAAUUUUCACUUCUCUAUUUUCCUCACUCUGAUACUAAAAAAUAAAGUAACUUAUUCACAUACUGAAUUAUUAUUGUCAAAUUAAUUUUGCAAUACACUUUAUAAUAUUAUGUGAAAGGUUUCUUAUGUUUCUUGAACUUUUUUAAUCAGACAACUAGAAAGGAUGAGCUGCACAAGUAUAUAAAUAUACUCAGCAUGACACUAAAAGGACUUUUAAUUUUUUUUCACUUGAUAUAGAGCCUUUUAACUGUAACUUACCUUGACAAAAUUACUAGACUAUGGAAUUCACUCAAGAUUUUUGCCUUGCAAGGAACAUUUCCUCCCUGGUUCUGCUUAAAAGUUAUGUAACAUUACCUUCAGAUUCUGUGGCAAAGAACAAACUGAGCAAAAACGACUCUUACUUUGCUGCAUGAUCAAGCAGGAUAGAAGGUAUGACUGGAAGAAAACCACCGCAAGCUGCAGCACUUCUGCAGACCUUGAGAAGAGAACACGUAACGUGGAAUGGAGCAUUAGAGCUGCAGUAGCAGUAUGUGACAUGACACAGCAUCCCCACAGAAAGACCAUUCUUUAAUGAUUUUUCCAUCUUUAGCCAGUUUCUAGAAUUAUCUGAGAUGCUAAAGGUGAGGUUACACGUGCACUUUUCUCAUUUUGUAAACUGUUCUAUCCCCCGACUGGUAAGAAAAAAAAAGUAUAGGCAAAGAAAUUAAUACAAUCAAGUUUACAGAAUGAGAAGAAUUUGUUCCUCCUGAUCCCACACGGAAAAUAGAAGUUAAUUUCAAAUACUAUGUUCAAGGCUCAGUAGAGGUUCUUGAACUUUCUAAUUCUAAGUGAUCCUAUCUAUACCAAGUGGCAGCAGCAAGAUUGAGUAGCUGGUAAGACUCAAUGUAAGCUCAAGUUGACUGUGAACUUCCAGUGCUAGUGUUGCCAACAGAGUUUCUUAGAAGCUCAAAAAUACAGUGGAUGCUUAUGAACUGGAAGGUAUAUUUAAUAAAUCUUUGCUGUAUUUA